AUGCAGAAGUGGCUGGGCGAGCUCCCCGAGGAGCGCCGGUCGCAGAUCUUCAGCGGCGUCGCGGGCGCCGGUGCAGGUGAAUGGCCACGUCAGACUCUUGUUGACUCGUCAGACUCUUCUCACUUCAGACUUGAUCGAUUGUUUCAAAAUGCGCACAAGUGCCAUUCCAACCAUUCCCCAUUUCUCUUCCGUCUCCUUCCCGUCUCCAUUCCGUCUCCUCUCCCUUUUCUCUCCGUCUCCUUCCCGUCUCCAUUCCGUCUCCUCUCCCAUUUCUCUUCCGUCUCCUUCCCGUCUCCAUUCCGUCUCCUCUCCCUUUUCUCUCCGUCUCCUCCGUCUCCGUUAUCCCGCGUACCAAUCCAAUCGCCAGGCGCCAUAGCCGCCACGUUAGUCGCGCCGCUCGAUGUCGUCAAAACGCGGCUGCAAGUGCAGUCAAUCCCUCGCUCCCAGCCACAACCGGCUGCCGGCAGCUCUACCGGCCAAACAACCGGCAGCCUCACGGCCGCCGCCCAACUCAACCAACACUCCAACCCUACCCCAGCGCAACCCUCUAACCGCGCAAGCGGUAACCUGGGCGUUUCCGCUUCCGCUUCCGCUUCCCCGUCCCCUUCUCCGCACGCGCAAGCUACAGUUCCCCCCUGCAGCUCCGCCAAUCCCGCCUUCCCCUCUACGCACUCGGGGGGGGGCCGCUCCUCCGCCGCAGGUUUCCCCGUUAUGAGCAGCCUCGCUGGAAGAAACGGGCUUUCUAUUGCACGCGCAGGGAUAGGCAGGCAAGCGGGCGCGGGACACGAAGCCUCCGCUUGCGCCACAUCGGGGGGGCCGCAUUCCCGCCCGCCUGGUUCCCCGCACUCCCCGGGGCCUCCGCUUCCCCCCCGGGGAAAUGCAGCUGGGAGCGGGGCGGGCGCAGCAGGGGCGCAUGCGCGCGCGGGUAGGGCGGCGGGCGCGAAGGCGGGGGUGAUUGCGACGACGCUCCGCGCCAUCUGGCGGGAGGAGGGCAUCCGCGGGCUGUACAGGGGACUCUGCCCCUCCGUCGUGGCGCUGCUGCCGAACUGGGCGGUGUACUUUUCAGUGUACGACCAUCUCAAGAAGAUGCUCAGUGCACCCGACUCCCAUUUCCCCGGGAGCAGCAGCAGCAGCGCAGGGAGGGUAUGCACGGAGGAAGGGUGCGCUGGUAGUGCCAGCAGCACACUCGCCAGCACCCCUGGUGUGUACUUUUCAGUGUACGACCAUCUCAAGAAGAUGCUCAGUGCACCCGACAGCGCAGGGAGGGUAUGCACGGGGGAGGGCUGCACUGGUAGUGCCAGCAGCACGGGAGGCAGCACCUCUGGUGUCACGUGCACGGGGGUGGCCUGUACAGGGGACUGCACUGGAGUCCCCUUCCCCUCCUCCUCCUCUGCCCCUCCGCCGCUGCUCACCAGCGUUACGGCAGCAGCGGGUGCCGGUGCUGCCACUGCCAUUCUCACCAACCCCCUCUGGGUCGUGAAAACGCGCCUGCAGACCCAGGGGCUGCGCCCCCAUCGCCUGCCGUACAAGGGCACUGUGUCGGCGCUGGUGCGGAUCUUCAGAGAGGAGGGCGUGGCAGGGCUGUACAGUGGGGUGGUGCCAGCACUGGCAGGGGUGAGCCACGUGGCCAUCCAGUUUCCCCUCUACGAGCACCUCAAGCAGACCAUGGCGGAGAGAGCAAACACUAGUGUCGAUAAGCUAUCGCCCAUCGACCUCGCUCUGGCCUCCGCAGUCUCGAAAGUCGUGGCCUCCACCCUCACAUACCCUCACGAGGUGGUGCGGUCGCGACUGCAGGAGCAAGGCAGAGCAAUCGCAGCAGCGGGAGCAGAUAGCAGUGUGCCCCGCUAUCUUGGUGUCAUUGACUGCAUCCAAAAGGUGCCUUUUUCAUAUCCUUGCUGGACUUUUUUCUCCCCUCUCCUCCCACCCCCUCCUCCCCCCCCCCUCCUCCACCCCUUGGUUUGCCUUUUUGUCGUCACUGUCUCAUGCACGAGCAUCCCCUCCACAUCUCUCUCUUCCUCGCUUAGAAGGAGCACAGCUUCUUUCUGUGUUAUGCUUGCCAGUCUUGAAGCUCCUAAACGACUACCAGCCAAUGGCGUCAAGCGUGAUUUGAGGCUGCAAUUCCGCAACAAGUUGGCACUUCCUUUGUUCACUGGAGGGAAGGUGGAGGGCGAAGGGAGUGAGCCAAUCCGAGUGUUUCUCCAGGAUGGAGAUACAGGUUCUGUGGUUACCACAGGACCAGAGGCCAAUCUGAAGCUUGAAGUUGUGGUGCUUGAAGGAGAUUUCAGCAGAGAUGAUGAAGAUGAUUGGCUACCGGGAGAAUUUGACCAGUUUUUGGUGAAAGAGAGAGAUGGAAAGAGGCCACUUUUGACUGGCGAGACGUUUGUGGUGCUGAAAGACGGGCUAGGGGUUAUGGGCGAGAUCACGUUCACAGACAACUCCAGUUGGAUCCGGAGUCGCAAGUUUAGGUUGGGAGUGAGAGUGUCGCCAGGGCAGGUUGGGGAGAGCAGGGUACGAGAAGGGAAGACAGAGGCGUUCACAGUGAAGGAUCACCGUGGAGAAUUGUACAAGAAGCACUACCCGCCUGCGUUGACAGACGAAGUGUGGCGGUUGGAUCGCAUAGGCAAGGAUGGCGCCUUUCACAAGCGCCUGAAUCAGGCUGGAAUUUUCACAGUGGAGGAUUUCCUACGGCUUGUUGUCAUGGACCCACAAAAACUACGAAAUAUUCUUGGUUCAGGCAUGUCAAACAAGAUGUGGGAGAACACGGUGGAGCAUGCGAAGACAUGUGUGCUGAACGGCAAGCUGCAUGUGUACUAUGCGGAUGACAAGCAGAACAUUGGCGUCAUCUUCAACAACAUCUUCCAGCUCAUGGGCCUUAUUGCAGACAGCCAGUACAUGUCUGUGGAUCUUCUUUCUGAGAGUGAAAAGAUUUACGUGGAUAAGCUGGUGAAGGUUGCGUACGAGAACUGGGAAAAUGUUGUGGAGUAUGAUGGGGAGGCUCUUAUAGGGUUGUCUGAUUCCCUGGUUGUACAAAAUGACGUCCACGUGGAUUGGGACGUUGCUGACGAUGCUCGCGACGGGGACGAGUGCGGCGAGGAGCUCCCGUGGUCCACGGCGUCGAUUCCCGUUGCCACGCUGAGCCAACGGUCUUUGUCAGGGGCGAGAAUGGGCAGCGCGAACAGCCAGGGCAGGGUUACUAGUGGAAGCAGAGGUAACACCGAGAAUUGUGGCAGCCGCAGCCUCGGCAGCAGCAGCCUCGGCAGCAGCAGCCUCGGCAGUAGCAGCCUCAGCAGCAGCAGGCCCGGCAGUAGCAGCCUCGGCAGCAGCUCGAGCAGCGGCACCACCAUCAGCGACGGUAGCAUGUUUACCGUCCGCAGCACACGCAGCACGCGCAGCACGAGCAGCACGGGCAGCACGGGCGGCGUGGGCAAUCAUCAGCAGCACGGGAAUGAUGGAGGCAGAAUGCGCAGUGAGACGGCGUCGCCUGUUGGGAUCCCCAGGGGUGAUGGCGAGCAGGGACACGAGAGCGAGGAGCGGGGAGCAAACGUGGUUAUGUGGCUAGAUGCAAACGUAACUGUCGAUGGUGAUGGUGAUGGUGGUGUCAGUGCUGGUGGUGGUGGCGGUGGCAGUGGUGCUGCUGCUGUUGUUGCUGACGGUGUUGCUCCUGGUGAUCGUUCUGGUCCUGCUACUGCUGCUGCUGCUGCAACUCCGUCUGGUGCUUCUGCUGCUGCUGCAGCGGCUGUAGCCAGUGCUGCUGCUGCCACGACGGCUUCAACGACCAGCCGUGGGGGGCUCACAACCAGCGACCCUUUCAGCAGCCGGCUGUGCUCGUGCUGCUGCUGCCACUGCUGCUACGCCCUUGCCUUUCUUUCCGGGCGCUGGGAACCACCCGAAGAGCAGAUGCAGCAGAACCAGAAGCAGAAGCAGCUGCAGUGGGAUAGUCAGCUGCAGGAGCAGCAGCCGUAUAGGCAGCAGCAGCUGCGGAGGGCGAGAAGCGUGGGCACAGGAGCAGGAGGGAUGGCAGUCGUAAGGGGCGGUGGUGGUGGCAGAAGCAGCACCCUCAUGAUCAACGGCAGCAGUACCAACUGUAGUAUCAACGGCAAUGGUGGCGGCAGCAGCAGCGGCGGCGACGGCGGCGGCAGCAGCAAUGGCACGGCGAGGCGUGUGGUGGGAGGGCGGUGGCCAGCUGGCAUGGCCAGGCUGUCACUUGAGGAGCUUGCCACGCUGGCAGUCUGCCGCGAUUUGAUUCGCCGACCAUCUAGCUACACACCAUCCAAGCUCGCACGUCUCUCCCCACACGUGCUGCAAUCGCUGCUCCACGUGCUUGUGCACGUCAGGGAGCUCUCCCUGCCACUCUUACAUGCACUGCCCGCGCCACUUCUAGAGUCCCUGCCUCUGGCGCAUUACCCCAACCUUAAUGAUCGCUGGCUAGAGCUGCUGUCGCCCCACGCGCCCACACUGCUCUCCAUCGACCUCUCCUUUGCUGCUGCUGUCACCAACACGGGCAUUCAGAAGCUGCUUCUUGGUUCCCCUCCUGCUCUUCCUGCUGCAACCGGUACUGCUGCUGCGAUUACUGAUAAUUUUGUCACCAGUGCUGCUGGCAAGAAUUUGGCGGUAGUCAAUACUGCUUCCGUCAACGCUGUUGCUCCUUGUUGUGAUGCCAGCACUUGCAAUGGCCACGACAGCACCACCACCCCUCCCUUCUGCUCCCCUCUCACCUCCCCCCUCGCCUCCCCUCGCACUCCUCCUCUCUCCCCCUCUUCUCACAACCCUGCCUCCGUCGCCAUUACCCUUCCCUCCACCCUCCCCGUCCCCUCCUCCUCCUCCUCCUCCCACCCUCUCUCCUCCACGCCAACGUCUACACUCGUCGCUCCAUCCCCAUCCCCGCUCUCAGCCUCCCCCUCUUCUCCCCCUAUGGGUCUAACCACGCCCCAAGGCCGAAACCUGUCCUCCCCCACUCUGUCGGACAUCCGCCUUUUAAGCAACCCCGCUUCCAGCAGUAGCUCCCAAGAAGAUCUGUCAGACGGAAGUUCCUCGGAAGGAGUGUUUUUGGAGUUGAGUCUUGGGGAAGAGGAGGGAGAAGAGAGGGAGGAGAGGAGGGUUGGAGAGGAGGACGAUGAAGAAAGGAGAGAGAGGGAAGAGAGGGAUGAAAGGGAGAGGAGGGAUUGUGAGGAGAGGAGGAAUUUAAGGGAGAGUGAGAUUCGCAUGCGUCUGGUAACAGCGAGAAUGGAGAGGGAGAGGCAUGGGGAUGCCUUUUGCAGCAGAAAACGGCAGAAGGCAGCAGCAGCCUCGGUUGCGGCCACAGCAGCAGCUGCAGCUGCUGCUACGACCGGGGUUGUAUCGCUGGCUACAGCUGACUCGUCGCUGCAUGCUUCCCAGCUUCGCUCGCUGUGCCUUGAUUGGUGCAUCCAGAUCACAGACGACGCCCUGGCGCCUCUUGCUGGUAACCACACGGCCUAUGCCGCCUGCCACCACCUCGCCUCUCUCAGCACACGUGGCUGUAACCGCCUGUCUGCUGCUGCUCUCACGCACGUCAGCCACCUGCCCUCCCUCACGCGCCUGAACCUGGAGAUGUGCGGAUUGCUCAAGGGGGGGAUGCGCCACCUUACAGGGCUUUCCUCCCUCCGCACUCUGAACGUCGGUUGGUGCACGUCUCUCGACGACGAUGACAUGGCAGACAUAGCCCGCCUCUCCUCGCUACACUCCCUCAACGUCUCCCGCUGCAAGAUCACAGAUGCAGGCCUCACAGCUCUGCUGCAAGCUCUCUCCUCCCUGACCAGUUUCAGCAUGGCGGGCUGUCAGCAUGUGACGGACACAGCCUUCUCUCUCAUCUCUAGCGUUCACGGAUUGACUGAGCUCAACGUGGAGUGGUGUGCGCUUCUCACUAACACGGGCCUCAAGCACAUGCAAG